AUGUCGACGUCCACGGCGCUCGAGUUCGGGGUCAUCAACACGCUGCGCACGGGCCACGCCGUGUACGACCUCGUGGUCUGCAUGGUGGUGCCCGCCGUGGUCCAGCGGAUCGCCAGCUCUGGCUACGACGCGCUGCGGUUCUUCGAGGUGGCGCUCGAGCUGCUCUGCUGCCUCUUCUUCCCGCGCAAGUACGUCAAGCACGUCAUAGAGACCAAGGAGGUGUCCGGGGGCUAUCGGACGUACCGUCCGGACGACGGCUCCAAGGGCAACGAGCUGCUGCAGAAGGCCAUCCUGCUGUACCUGACCGAGCACCUGGAUCUGCACGACAAGUCCGGACGGUACGAUCUGCUGGAGCGCCCGAACGCCAAGAAGCUGCUGGUGGAGACGGAGUUCGGUCAUCUUGACCUGGAGAAGCAGAAGCGACUGAAGGCGCUGCUGGACCAGCCUGCAUCGCCCGAGGUCGCCAAGCUGGCGGUGAGUGUGCUCCCUCCCCUUAACCAGUGGGUGGCCGUUGCAGAGGGCGUGGAGUUCUUGAACGAGACGGAGAAGAAUGACGACGAGAAAACGACCGUCCAAGAGACCAAGACGCUCUUCCACCUGCGCUCCAAGCUGCCGGACGGGCCCGAGCGAAUCGACGCCUUUGUGGAGAAGGCGUUCGCCUUCUACCGCGACCUCGAGAACAAGAAGUUCAAGAGCGACACUGCCCGCUACAUGUACGUGCGCUCCUCCGAGCGUCCCGCUGCGACCGACACGGACGACGAGAGCAAGCUCAGCGCUCCGUACCACAAGCGCUACGCCCUGGGCAACGACAAGACCUUCGACAACGUCUUCUUCGACGAGAAGGAGUCGCUGCUGCAGUUGCUCGACCACUUUGCUAACAAAACUGGCAAGUUUGCCAUCGAGGGGUUCCCGAACAAGGUCGGGCUGCUGCUUUACGGUCCUCCGGGCACGGGCAAGACCAGCGUGAUCAAGGCUGUGGCCGAGAAGACUCGCCGCCACAUCGUCAACAUCCCGCUGGGCAAGAUCAAGACCAACCAGGAGCUCAUGGACGCCAUGUUCGACUUGCGCUACGCCGUGGACGGGCUGGAUCUGCCUGUUCGCAUGGGGUUCAAGGACGUCGUCUUCGUGAUGGAGGACAUCGACUGCGCGUCUUCGGUCGUGGCCAGCCGCGAGGACGGCCCGACCACUCCGGACGAUGGCUUCCUGUCUGUGCUGCUGCAGUCGCAAAUGGAGUUUGAAGGCUUCGGCCCGAAGCUGAAGGGCGGCUUCGUGUCGUCCUCCAACUCGACGGACAAGCUCAACCUCGCGGGCGUCCUGAACGUCCUGGACGGAGUCAUCGACUGCCCCGGGCGGAUUGUCAUCAUGACGACCAACCACCCGGAGAUGCUGGACCCUGCGCUCGUCCGUCCUGGUCGCAUCAGCAAGAAGCUCCACCUCGACUACAUGUCCACGGAGCAGAUGGGGAACAUGAUCUCCUACUACUUCUUGACCACACUCACGGCUGAGCAGCGCAGCCGCCUCGAAACGCUGGAGGACUCCGAUCGAGUCUUUACGCCUGCAGACAUCGAAGAGCUCUGUGCGGAGCACGAAAGUGCAGACCGCGCACUGGAGCGGAUGCUUCGGUAA